AAUGAAAGAGAAAGUAAAAAAAGGUCUUUGGAGGAAGUUGCUCUUUUAUGCUCUGUAUUAAUCAGCAGAAAGGCGGACAUGUUGUUUGGAGCCCGCGACUGGCAAAAAAGCACUACAAAAAGUGGUAAAUAUUAGAAACUGUCGAAGUAGUCAAAGUGCAGUGAAGUUCAUCUGAGGUCAGGAAACAUGUCGCGCGGAUCCAACGCAGGUUUUGACCGACACAUCACGAUCUUUUCGCCGGAGGGCCGCCUCUACCAAGUCGAGUACGCCUUCAAAGCCAUCUCUCAGAGUGGGCUCACAUCUGUAGGGAUACGAGGGGUAGACAGCGUUGUGGUGGUCACACAAAAGAAAGUACCAGACAAGUUGUUGGACUCGUCCACGGUGACCAACAUGUUCAAACUGACUCCUCGCAUCGGCUGUGUGAUGACCGGACACAAUGCGGACAGUCGUUCACAGAUUCACCGGGCUCGAGUGGAGGCUGGCGAGUGGAAAUAUAAGUUUGGCUAUGACAUCCCUGCAGAGGUGUUGUGUCGCAGGUUGGCUGACAUCUCCCAGGUUUACACCCAGAACGCCGAAAUGAGACCUCUAGGCUGCUGUAUGAUGAUGGUGGCGAUCGACCCCCAGCAGGGUCCUGUCCUGUACAAAUGUGACCCGGCGGGCUACUACUGCGGCUUCAGAGCCACGGCGGUGGGAGCCAAGCAGACCGAGGGCAACAGCUACCUGGAGAAGAAACUGAAGAAGAAACCUGAGCUGACGCACGACAGGACGGUGCAGAUGGCCAUAUCUUGUCUAUCCUCCAUCCUGUCUAUGGACUUCAAAGCCACCGAGCUGGAGGUCGGCAUCGUCACAAAAGAGAAACCAAAGUUCAGGACGCUGUCAGAAGCCGAGAUCGAAGCCCACCUGGUUGCCAUCGCCGAGCGGGAGUAGAGGUGCAUCCUCAGCAUUUCAUUUUCAGAAUGUUUAAAUCAGUCCAGUUCAACAAGGAGCGCACACCCUCACCCCGCCGUCUGGGACCAUUAUUCCUGUACUAAUGAAGAACCUGCAAACAUCAUUGAUCUCCAUCAGUCACAACAGUAGAAAGAAAUGAUUGGUACGCCACACUGUGUUCACCAGACGCAGAAGCAUUGUUUUAUUGACACGUUCCUCCUCCUGCAUACUUUGUGACAUGUUACCAACAGAAACUGUUCAUUCCUGCAGAACCUUUGAUACAGCAUGUUGUCCGUGGACGUCACUGUCAGCCAACCGAUCUGUCAAACGAUAAUAAAAUGAUAUGAAAAAAGGACGAAA